GCUCGCAGUGCCGCACCUGGGGGCCGUGCCCCCGCUCGAGAUGGGCAGGGUGCGCGCCGACGCGGGCGCGGGCGAGGCGGGCGGGCGCGACCUCUGCGAGCUCUACGACCUGUGCGACGGAUCUCCGUGCUCGGGCUCCGCGGGGACCGUCCGCAGGGCGUGGCGGCGCUCGGACGGCUCGGCGGUGGCCCUGAAGGACGUCAGGUGCCCGCCUGGCGAGGAGGAGGUCCGUGAGGUGACGCGGCGCGAGUACGAGUUCAUGAAGACGCUGUCGCACCCGUCCAUCGUGCGCGCCCUUGCCAUCCACGAGUCCGCGGCCAGCGUCGUGGUGUGCAUGGAGUACUGCGACGGUGGAAGUGUGGAGAGCCACGUCAAGAGCCACGGAACGCUCUCGCCAACCGUGGCGGCGGCUGGAGCGCUCCAGGUUUUACAGGCCCUAGAUUACAUGCAUAGCCGUCGCGUCGCGCACAGGGAUGUCAAGCCAGCCAACAUCUUGUUGAACGCCAGCGCCACGAAUUUCAAGUUGGGAGAUUUCAACAGCGCCAAGCAGAUUGGGAAUCACGACGAGUUGGGCAGCGUAAUGCUUACCAAUCGUGGCACCGCGUGUUACACCGCCCCAGAGAUCCAUGCUGGACAUAUGUGGAAUGAGCGUGUCGACAUCUGGGUGCGCAAUGCCCUGGCGCGCGGCGAGGCACCGUCGAUGGACCUCUCCGAGCUCGGGAGUCUCAUGAGCAGCCUCGUGCGGCAGUGCCUGGAGCCCAACCCCCGCGACCGGCCGCCAGCGGUGGAGCUCCUGGCGCACCCGGUGUUCCGCGAGAGCCCCACGCUCGCUGUCGGCCCGACGGCCCACACGGACGACCUGGUCCCAGCUUGUGGUUUGGUCCGGAGGUUGCUGGGCGCAGAGGCGGUCGGAAUGACCAGAGGAUCGGCCGCGAGCAUCCCGAUCCGGAAGGUCCUCACGUCCCCAGAGGCCGGGCGCGAGCAGGGGCCCCUCUGGUGCCGCCUCGCGGAGCGGCGCUUCGCUCGGGACGCCGCCGGGAGGUCCGGCGCGCUUCGCCGCCGCAGGUCCGUGGGCUGA